AUGUGGGCCAUUGACAGCGGGGCAACACAUCACAUCUGCCACGACAAGUUCAAGUUUGCAAGCUUGGUCGAAGGCAAUGAUGGCGAGAUCCUGGUGGCUGAUGGCAACAAGGCGGCCAUCAAAGGUGUGGGGACCAUCGUGGAAAAGGUGAUUCUGCCAAACGGGGAAGAGCGCGAGAUCGAGAUCAAGAACGCGCUCUAUGUGCCCAGCAUGAGCAAAAAUCUGCUCUCGGUGCCGCAGAUUAACAAGCACGGCAACUUCCAAGUGGUGUUUGACGGGGAUACGAUGUACGUCGCUCGCAAGGAUUCCAACCAAGUGGUGGCAGCUGCGGAUCUUGUAGACGGACUCUACUGGCUUCGCACGACGCAGCGAUCGGCCAAUGCGACAUCACUCAGCAACGCUGUUGAUCUACAUGCGCGAAUGGGCCAUGCUCCAGUCGACGUACUUCGCAGGAUGGUGACAAGCCACAUGAUCAAGGACGCUCACAUCCCUUCCAAGCCGAAUGGAUCAAGUGUGUGUCGAGGAUGCCAAGAAGGGAAGAUGGCCCAAAAACCGUUCCCGAGCAACCGUGACAAGCGCACCUACAACACCUUCGAGAUGCUCCACUUCGACAUCUGCGGACCCAUGGAAGAAAAAUCUCUGGGUGGCAGCAAGUAUCUGCUGCUGAUCGUGGAUGAAGCCAGCGGAUGCAUGAAGGGUUUUUGUCUGCAUUCCAAGUCAGAGAGCGAAGAGUGCAUCAAGAAGUACAUCACGAUGAUACAGACGCAGUUCAACAAGAAGGUCAAAUUUGUGCGACACGAUGGAGCCCGCGAGUUUGCGACGAACUCGCUUCAAGAUUUCUACGAAGUCGAAGGCAUCGAGCAACAAACCACGGUGCCAUACGCACAUCAAGCCAAUGGAACUGCUGAACGCGCGAUUCGAACUAUCGUCACCAUCGGUCGUAGCAUGCUCCAUCAUGCCAAGUUGGACAAGUGCUUCUGGGCUGAAGCGGCAAUGACGACCGUCUAUGUGAAGAACCGUUUGCCGUCACCCAAGAUUCCACACAAGACACCGUUCGAGAUUGUCUACAAUUCUAAGCCAAGUGUCAAGCACAUGCGCGUUUUUGGGUGCCAAGCAUACAUCUUGACCCCGAAGGAGAAACGACUCAAGUGGGAUCCCAAGGCCCGGGCUGGAUUGUUUUUGGGCUACGAAGAAGUGUCCAAGGCGUAUCGAGUUUAUGACAUCGAAGCGGGGCAGGUGAUGAUAAGUCGCGAUGUCAACUUCGAUGAGUCGGCCUUUGGAAUGUCGAUGCUGAUUUCCGAUGACGAUGUUGAUGGCCUGGACUUCGAAUCGAUCGAUCUUGAUGAUGAAGAACCGCGUCCGAGACACUUCAAACAAACAGGAAAGCGCAAGGCCCAACCCAGUCACGACAAUGACGACGCAAGCAUGCCCCGAGCAGUGCGCCAACGACCCGGAUUGGAAGAGUCAAGUGCGCCGGAUGACAUCUCUUCACGUCGAGCCAACGAAGAUGAAGAAAGGAAGUCGGAGGAACAACAUGACACACCGACUUCCUCCGCGUUUUGGCAUGCGAGUGCAAACGCCGUCGAAGCAGCGGUCGAUUUUUCGGGAGCCGUCGACAUUUGA